CUGAUCCCCCACCAGGUUCUCAUUCGCACCAUCGGUCGUCGAGGUCAUCACUGGCGUUUGAAGUAACAAGUCUCGCGCCCCUUGCAACUGAUCGUCCGGAGCGGUGGUAUGUCCGCCAACUUCAGGUUUCAGGAUGGCGAAGUAUCGGCGACUCUGAUCCAGGAUGUGAAGGCCUUGAAGAAUCUGAGUGAGGAUCAACUCGAGGAGCUCGUGAAGAUAUGCCUGCAGUUCUUGUGCUCGUCGGACACAGAGACGUUUGUAGAGAAGUCAACGAGCUACGCUGACAGGCAUGAGAUGAAUAUUGGGGCUCUAAAAGGCAGCCUUCGUGGACUUUUGAACUUCUUCAAAGGAGCAGCAAGGAAGUAUCUGUCACAGGCUCUGAUACAAGAGGACAUGAUGCGAUUCGGGUUUGAUGAGAACAGAGCAAAGAUCGUUGCUAGCUCCUGGCAAGCUCAUUUCCUUGCCCUUUCGCGAGGGAUUGCGGGCCAGACUCUUGUAGUCAACAAGCUCGUCGACAUGGACUGGCGCUUCGGCGUCACUUCCUCAUCAUCCGAGCUGAAGCAGGUCGGAAGGACCUUCCUCCAGCUACGACUUCAGCUUGACAAGGGCAACGGGGCCAUCGAGACGACCAAUAUGGAGCUUUCGCUCCCUCAGUUCUAUGAGUUCUUGCAGGAGAUGGAGAAGGCCAAGGCUGCUAUGGAAUUUCUCACAUAGGAGAGGAAGAGGGACUGGAAAUCUUGGCGUUUCCAUUAAUCUACAUAGUGUACAAGCUUGUGAAACAUAAAGUAGGACGGGAUC